CUCAAUUACUUAGUGGAGAGUACCUAUUAACUUCAACAUUAUUCAUUUAUUUGUUAGAUUUGUUGCCUAUAAAAGGGGAAGCUAGUUCCCAAAACACAUCCAAGUUGUGAGUUCAAGUUAACAUAUAAGUUUAAAGCCUUCUUUCAACAUAUACUUCUCUCUUGUCUUCCCCUUUUCAGCAUUGCUGUGCUCUUUUUUCUUCUUCCAUUUGUUGAAUAUAAGAAAAAAUGGAAGGGAAGAUGAGUUGGACGGUGGCCGACGCGGUGGACUACAAGGGUUUCCCCGCUGACAGGCUGAAAACCGGUGGUUGGGUUCCGGCUGCACUCGUCCUAGGGAUUGAGGUCUGUGAGAGGCUUUCAACAAUGGGAAUAGCGGUUAACCUUGUGACAUACUUGGUUGGGGUGAUGUAUUUGCCGAGUUCAACAUCGGCCAAUGUUGUAACAGAUUUCAUGGGCACAUCGUUCCUCUUGUGCUUGCUCGGAGGCUUUCUUGCUGAUUCGUUCUUCGGCCGGUACAAGACAAUCGCCAUCUUUUCCUUCAUACAGACACUGGGGACUGGGGCAUUAGCAAUAGCUACAAAGCUGUCACAGUUACGCCCGCCACCGUGCCAUGCAUCGGAAUCCCAUACAUGCAAACCAGCAAAUGGAUUUCAGAUGGGGAUUUUAUACAUGGCCUUAUAUCUAAUUGCACUAGGCACAGGUGGCCUGAAAUCAAGUGUCUCCGGAUUCGGAACUGAUCAAUUCGAUGAGAAAGAUGAGAAGGAGAAAGCCCAAAUGACCUAUUUUUUCAACAGGUUCUUCUUCUUCAUCAGUAUCGGAACCCUGACCGCGGUUACCGUGCUCGUCUACUUACAAGACGAAGUCGGUCGAAGCUGGAGUUACGGAAUCUGCUGUGUUUCCAUGCUUGUAGCCAUCUUGAUAUUCUUAUCAGGGACUAAAAGAUACAGAUACAAGAAAAGUUCAGGAAGUCCAAUAGUUCAGAUUUUCCAAGUUAUUGUCGCUGCAAUAAACAAAAGGAAGAUGGAAUUCCCUUACGCUGUUGAAUUACUGUAUGAGGAUACCCCGGAAGCUCAAAGAAUUCAUCACACAGAUCAAUUCCACUUCUUGGACAAGGCAGCAAUUGUUGCCGAAGGCGAUUUCGAAAGAAAUGUCGUUGUUUCAGCUCCGAAUCCUUGGAAACUUUGCUCGGUGACACGGGUGGAAGAGGUCAAGAUGAUGGUGGGACUUUUGCCAAUAUGGGCCACAACCAUCAUAUUUUGGACCACUUAUGCACAGAUGAUCACUUUUUCAGUGGAGCAAGCGUCCACCAUGGAAAGAUCAAUUGGAGGUUUCCUAAUUCCUGCUGGUUCCCUCACCGUCUUUUUCGUCGUGGCGAUAUUGAUCACCCUCGCCGUAUACGACCGGCUCAUCAUGCCGGUUUGGAAGAAAUGGAAAGGAAAACCAGGUUUCACCAACUUACAGAGAAUUGCCAUUGGCCUAGUCCUAUCAUCGUUCGGAAUGGCAGCCGCAGCACUAGCCGAGGAGAAACGAUUGUCGGUGGCUAGAACCACCGGUACCACGACGACAACGCUGCCUAUAAGCGUGUUCUUUCUGAUUCCACAAUUCUUCCUAGUUGGAGCCGGCGAGGCCUUCAUAUACACAGGCCAACUCGAUUUCUUCAUCACUCAAUCCCCCAAAGGAAUGAAAACGAUGAGCACGGGCCUCUUCCUCACGACGCUAUCGCUCGGUUUCUUCGUCAGCAGCUUCUUGGUAUCCGUGGUGAAGAGAGUAACCGGAGGAAGCAAUGGUGGGCAAGGAUGGCUGGCUGAUAACAUAAACCAUGGGAGACUUGAUUGCUUCUAUGGACUUUUAGCAGUUCUGGGGAUCAUAAACUUUGUACUGUAUCUUGUUUGUGCCGUGUGGUACAAGCCGAGGAACCCGAAACCUGCCAUACAGAUGGAGACCAUUGUCAACGGCUCAUCUGCUGAGAAUAAGUGCUAGGGUUCUUUACAAAGUUUGCAUGGUAAUAAUUUUUG